AACCAGAUCCAAUACGUUAUCGUGCAUUCGAUGAUAGUCGAUAUUUAUUUUUACUUAAAAAUCGUCCAUUACUUGAUGAACUUCGUGAACAAUUAAAACCAUUAAAUGCUUGUGUUAGUUUACAAACUGAAGGUAUUUUAGAAAUCGUGUUUAAUGGUUCACGUUCAACAGCAAAACGUCGUUCACAAUGGACAAAAGAUGUCGGCCAAUUAAUUGAAAAUCUUCUAAUUGAACGUCUUAUUAUUCAUAAAGUACCAUGGAAUAAUAAUAAAAUACCAGCAAUUGUUUCAGAACAACUUGCGGAUCUUUCUUUAAAAGAUAAUACACGUCUUAUGCAAUUAGUUCCAUCAGAAUAUCAACCAGAUUAUAUUAUUAUAACAGCAUUAAAAGAACAUAUUGAUCGAGCUUUAAAUGAACUUAAUGAUAUACUCACAAUACCAAAUAUAAUUACUAAUAAUGUUAUACCUCUAAAUGAUGCUAUUUAUCGUAGUAAACCAGUGAGUGCAAUACGUGAUCCAAAAGUAAAUAAUCAUCGAUCAUCUUUAUUAGUCGGUUCAUCACCAUCAAGACAAAGCACAUAUAAUUCUGAUUUACCACCAUCAUUAUCAAAAAUGACCAUUGAAGAUAAUAUGGAUAAUUUACGUUUAUAUCAACUUGAUUUACUUUCAAUGCGUUUUGUUGAUUUAGCUCGACGAACAUACAUGGAUUUAAAUAUUGAUAUUGAUCGAACAGAACGGCGAGUUCAUUUAUGUGGUCCACCUGAUCAAGUAAAUGUUUGUAAAAAUUAUUUUGAAUCUGUACUUAAUGGUAUGGUUCAUAAACAUUAUAAAAUAGGAAAAGAAAUGGCAGUUUUUCUAUCAAAUCCCGAUACUGUCGAAUUAAUAAUCGAAAAUUUAAUGCAUAGAGAUUAUGUAUGUGCUUAUGAAAUUGAACGUACAAGUCAUAAUCAUCGACGAGAUUCAUUAUCUCCAACACGAAAUAUCAGCAGUCUUGAUACAACAUCGAUAACGAAUGGUCAUCAUAAAAUUGUUUUAUAUGGUUUAACACGUGAAAGUUGUGAUCGUGUCUAUGAUAUACUUCGUCAUGAUGUACGUGUCAGUUCAAUAAUGUUAGAUAAAGAUGAUAAACGUUGUUUAACAAAUGAAUCAUGGCAUGCAUAUGUACGUGAUCUAUAUUCAAGUUCAAGUGGUUUUCGACGUCGACGUGUACUUUUACAAGUAAAACAAAAUCAUUUAAAAUUAGUUGGUUUUAAACAAGAUGUUGAUACAAUGCGUAGACGUAUUUAUGAUUAUUUUGUUGAAAAUUCGAUUUCAUUUUAUGAAUCUGAUUGA